AUGGAGGCGCGGCCGCGGCUGCUCGUUGUGGUCGCGCUCCUCGCUGCCACCGUGUCCGCCGCCGGCGCGGCCAGCUUCAACGCCAAGAACUACGGCGCCAAGGGCAACGGCGUCAACGACGACACCAAGCCUCUGAUGUCGGCGUGGAAGGCGGCGUGCGGGUCGGCCGGCGCCGUGACUCUUGUGGUGCCGCCGGGGACGUACUACAUCGGCCCGGUGCAGUUCCACGGCCCGUGCAAGGCGUCCACCUUGACCUUCCAGCUCCAGGGGACGCUCAAGGCGGCGUCGGACCUCAAGCGAUUCGGCAACGACUGGAUCGAGUUCGGGUGGGUGAACGGACUCACCGUCGCCGGCGGCGUCAUCGACGGCCAGGGCGCCGCCUCCUGGCCCUUCAACAAGUGCCCCAUCCGCAAGGACUGCAAAGUCCUUCCCACCAGCGUGAUGUUCGUGAACAACCAGAACACGGUGGUGAAGGACGUGACGUCGGUGAACCCCAAAUUCUUCCACAUGGCGCUGCUGUCGACCAAGAACAUCCGGAUGAGCGGGCUCAAGAUCAGCGCGCCGUCGAACAGCCCCAACACGGACGGCAUCCACAUCGAGCGCAGCGCGGGCGUGUACAUCAUGGACACGCACAUCGCCACGGGCGACGACUGCAUCUCCAUCGGCCAGGGGAACGACAACGUCGACAUCGCCCGCGUGCAGUGCGGCCCGGGCCACGGCAUGAGCGUCGGCAGCCUGGGCCGGUACGUCGGUGAGGGCGACGUCACGCGGGUGCACGUCCGGGACAUGACCUUCACGGGCAGCACCAACGGCGUCCGCAUCAAGACGUGGGAGAACUCCCCCACCAAGAGCAAGGCCGCGCACAUGGUCUUCGAGAACCUCGUCAUGAAGGACGUCGGGAACCCCAUCAUCAUCGACCAGAAGUACUGCCCCUAUUACAACUGCGAGCACAAGUACGUGUCCGGGGUGACGCUCACUGACAUCCAGUUCAAGAACAUCAAGGGCUCGGCGACGACGCCGGUGGCGGUGCUGCUCAAGUGCGGCGUUCCGUGCCAGGGCCUCGUGCUGCAGGACGUGGACCUGCGGUACAAGGGGCAGGGCGGCACCUCGGCCAAGUGCGAGAAUGCCAAGGCCAAGUACAUCGGCUACCAGUUCCCCAGGCCCUGCGCGUAG